AUAGAGCAUUUAUUUGGUGGUGUUGAUAUUGUCAUUCUGGUGGCAAUGGCCUAUGAUCGUUAUGUGGCCAUCUGUAAGCCCCUGCAUUAUUUGAUUAUCAUGAAUCGACGGGUAUGCAUCAUCUUCUUAGUGAUGGCCUGGGCAGGAGGUUUUGCACAUGCUUUGUUUCAAGUUCUUAUUGUGUGUAAACUUUCUUUCUGUGGUCCUAAUAUCAUUGACCACUUUGUCUGUGACACAUACCCAUUAUUGCUACUUGCAUGCACUGAUACCUACUUCAUUGGCCUCUCUGCCACUGUCAACAAUGGGGCCAUGUGUAUAGUGAUCUUCUUCCUCCUCCUACUUUCUUAUGGAAUCAUCCUAAGAUCUCUCAAGAAUCACAGUCAGGAAGGGAGGCGUAAAGCUCUUUUCACCUGUGGCUCCCAUAUCACUGUGGUUUUCCUCUUUUUUGUUCCCUGUAUUUUCAUGUAUGCUAGACCGGUUUCUAGUUUUCCUGUUGAUAAAUCUAUUACUGUAUUUUAUACUAUUGUCACUCCCAUGUUGAAUCCUUUAAUAUAUACAUUGAGAAAUUCAGAGAUGAAAAAUUCUAUAGAAAAGCUCCUGCAAAAAGUGUUAAGUCCCAAUAGAUUAAGCCUUUCUUCUUGA